GAAGCACCGGGGCGAGCGUCUAAUCCCUAACACCCAAUUUUGGUGGCGCGCACCUGGCAAACUGAUGAUUGUGUGGGACGUCUAAUCUCCAGUCGCUCACCCCUCUACUUUACCACAGGGCUAGAAAUCGAUUUGAGGAAAUCUGAUACCAAUGAGCGGGCGGGGAGACAACCCUACCGCUAAUUUACCUGUUUACGGAAGUUCUGUCCCGGCCUCCUCAGACUGGUGUCGGCUUCCUUUUUCUCCACACCUCUAGCCGCCUUGUUUUUAUCGUUUUCGGCACCUGCCCUUCCCCAGCGCCCCCACCACCCCGAGCACUAUGUAUGAUCGGGCUCCCCGCCUGCUCAAAUUGGUUGAAGGUGGCAGCACUGAGGCCCAUGUGGGUCCUGGAUCCUACCAGGUACCUUUCCUGAAGCAGCAAGCGACAGGUAGUUAUGCACCAUUUCUUUCUUUGACUGCCAGAGAAAGUACUUUUACCAUUGCCUCUAGCAUUGAGAAAGCUGUUCCAGGUCCAGGACACUAUAAUGUUUCAGAAGUACAGUGUAACAUAAAAGGAGGCCAUAGUCUACAAAACCGGGAGAAACGUUUUAAGAAGUUUAUUUCAGAUAAUCCAGGACCAGCAAGCUAUGAUCAGUCUUAUCCUAGAACACAAGAUAUCAUGAACAGAAAAGUAUUAGAGACCAGAGAGCAUCUUCAGUCAAAAAUUUCAAGAUCACCUACACUUACCAGAAGUGUUGAUGUUCCUUCAAUUCCUUCUUGUGGAAAGUCAUAUGGUUAUGAUAUUAAUGAUGAUGGCAGUAUUAUAAAAUGUUUUCCACCUGCUAGUGACAGUACACUUGGUCCAGCAUACUACAAACCUGAAUUUGGUGUUUCCAGUGCAACUUUGAAAUACAAAGGUAUACAUUUUGGCAACUCUUCAGGAAGACGAGAGUUACCUAAAAAGUCAGGUCCUGGUCCAGGACAGUAUGAUAUAGUCCAGAAAAAGAAAUCAUAUUAUGAAAAUGUUAACGUCAAGAGAGAUCAACAACAAAAUUAUUGCUCAUUUAUCCCACGACUAUAUGAAAUAAUAGUAUUGCAGGAGAAAAAAAAGGGAGUACCAGGGCCUGGAAAAUAUGACAUUAAAAGUCAAUUUCAGAAGAUAGAAAGUAUGACAUCAAAUACAAAUGAUGCAUCUCCUGCUUUUCUUUCUCAAUCCCAGAGAUUUUUACCUAUGAAAUCAAUCACGCCGGCUCCUGGCACAUAUAAUGAACCUCGAACUGCUCUCAAGUCCUUGAAGAAAACAUCAGGACUGAAAAAUAUUCCAUUUGGUCAAAGUGCUGUUCGAUUCACACAAGACAUCAGGACAGAGGAAAUGCCAGGUCCUGGAUUUUAUAAUGUCUUGAACAAUACUAUAAUUGCCAGUGUUAGAAAUAUGUGCUCAAAGAAACAGAAGAAAAGUGCAUUUGGUUCUUCUGUUCCUCGGACUUUCUUCUGGGUUCAGAAAGAAGCUUGUGCUAACCCUGGACCUGCUGAUUAUCAGGCAUUUUGGCAUUCACAGGGUGGUGGAAUUUCUGAUGAAUUACCUAACUUGACUAACAAAUAUGCUGCUUUCUUGUCAAGAGCCAAAAGAACUAUGAAAGUAUCAGAUAUGGUUAUUCCAGCGCCAGGCAGCUAUGAUGUUCACAAAUCAUAUGAGAUGUCCCAAGUUAAGCAUAAAUAUAUGCCACCUCGUAGUUUAGUGGCUAAAAGAAAACAUGCCUCUUUUCUUAGUGCAACUCCUCGGUGCCUAGAAAAAAUGACUGAUGGGCCAGGUCCUGCAGCAUACAAUCCUGUUUUAAGGAAAUCUUGCCCCAUACCCUUAUUUGUGAAAUCAUCAAAGCGCUUUGAAGAGUCCAAAGAGAUUACUCCAGGCCCAGCAACAUAUGAGGCAACAAGAAGAGAAGAGCUGCAGACCUUUGAGGAGCCCAGACUUAGAAGCUCCCCAAGCCAGCACUGUGACACCCUUUUUGGGGCUCUGCAGUUCCUGGCAUCUCCAAGCUUCUGGGCACCACCGCAUUCUCUGAUGCCAGCUGUGGAAGCUGCUUACAGUACACCUCGUUCAGCCACAGCCUCACAGGGAGCCAGCACUCAUGCGGGCACCUGGUGCUAUCCACCCUGCCGCAGCCAGCCUCCCUGCCUGUGUGCAGUGGCUGGACCCCACGCUUGCUCACUCACAUACCCCUCGCCGCUCGGCUUGCCCUUGGCAGGCAUGGGAUCCAGGCCAGUAGCACAAGCCAAAUACAGCCUGCCCAGCCAAGUGGGCCCAGCAGACCUGAGCAAAACUUGGGCAAAGAAAGCUUCUUAUCAGAAACACACAGAUACACAAUUGAAAACUGUGGAGUACCUCACAAGGAAACUUCUUAAAAAUGCCUUGCCUAAGAUGUAUCAAACCUAUAAUCUGAAACUAAAGCUGAAAGUCUGA